UCCCUUAGUCACAUUUAGUCCGACUUCAGGCUGAGCAACAGAGAGAGAGAGAGAGAGAGAGAGAGAGAUGGGGCUCCAUUCACUGCUGCUGUUGCUCGCCCUCACUGGCUGCUCUGCCACAGAACCUAAAGGACCCACGGUGAUCUUCUUAAACUCAACCAUCCAACCAAACCAGUCAGAGGUAGUUCUGACUGCUGGUUCCAGCUUUCAGCUUAGAUGCCAGGGUCACGGCUCAGUGACCAUAUCCACCACUGCCAUUAAACACCUGCCAAAGGGUAAACUGAAUCCCUUGGAGGUCCUAAGGGUGACCCCCAGACACACCGGCACAUACCAUUGCAGGUAUACCAACCAGAGCCUGACCCACCUGAACACCUGGAUACACCUGUAUGUCAAAGACCCAGGUGACCCCUCCACCGUGUUCGUCACGCCUCGCCUCACGUUGCCUUCUCAUAAAGAGGAUGAUGACGUUCAGUUCAGAUGUCUUCUCACCGACCCAUCUGUCACAAAUCUCACCCUCCAGCCAGAGGAAAGGGGGAGGGACCUGCCCCCAGGUAUGAAUGUCACCUUAGACCCCCGAAGAGGAGCCCUGAUCACACACCUGAGGACUUCCUUUAAAGGCGGAUACGCAUGCUCAGGUUGGAGGAAUGGAACUGAGUUCAGAUCCAAACCAUUUCACCUCCUCGUUGCUCCAAGGCUGCGUCACCCCCCCUCCCUGUCAGUCAGCCAGGCUGAAUUGGUCCGUCUGAAAGGAGAGCUGUUUACAGUCACCUGUCAGGCCUGGAACCCUACCCACUUCGUCACCGUCACCUGGACACACCCACACAUACAGAACCUACCGGUCAGUGAAAGCCAGACCUAUGCCAACAGGCACUUGCACAUCAACAGUACUCUGACCAUCUCCGCCAUCAACCGGUCCCACAGUGGACUGUACACCUGUACUGCUGUUAACGAAGCUGGGGUGGCCACUGCAACCACCCACCUGAGUGUGCUGGAUCAGCCAUACCUGAGAAUCUACCUGAGCCUUCAGACUGCGGAUUCCCAACAGGCCUCUGAUGACCAGUUUGGGAACUUCAGCGGGGGAAUAGAGGAGACAAGCGAGGAACCAACUAAUAUCAGCGUCGCUUCAGAGGAACAGCAGGGGGAACUUGCUUUUAACGUCACUGGUAGCAGCACAGGCAGAGACAGCGGUGGUAACAUCAGUGGAUCCAGGACAGUGGAGGUGCAUGAAGGUCGAGACCUUACCUUCACAUUGAUCAUGGAGGCCUAUCCUCCAAUCAGACAGCAUCACUGGACGACACCACAACAAGUAAACAAUAACGGCAGCAAUGUGUUUGAGACAAGCUACACUGCUAAAGGCUACAGCAGGUCGGAGGCAAGCAUUCUGCUGCGGCGGGUGCGUCAGGAGGAUGGAGGUCGAUAUUCUUUCCGUUUUUCAAACACGUUCUUUAAUGGGACACAGGACAUGGAACUGCGGAUCUACCGUACUCCGACCGUCAGGAUCACUCAGCAGAACCACUCCCUGGUGUGCAGCAGCUCUGGUUACCCGUCGCCAACCCUCUUCUGGUUAACCUGCACUGACAUGUGUGACAACAGCUCCACCUAUCAGGUGUCUCCAUCUGCUGAAAGCUCAGAGGAAGGGGGGGAGGUGAGGACGCUCUUCCCACUGUCUGCUCAUGAUGAACACAUCACCAUCAUGUGUAAGGCGUACAACCUGGUGGGCGAGUCUGAUCAAGUCUUUGUCCACCGUUCUACAGGACUUCCCACCAUCUUCACUCCGGCUAUGAUUGGAGCUCUGAGUGUUUCCUUCGUCCUCCUCCUUCUCCUGUUGGUUGUGUUUCACAAGUACAGACAGAAACCAAAGUAUGAAAUUCUGUGGAAGAUCAUUGAGAGCAAUGAUGGGAACAACUACACCUUUGUUGACCCUACACUGCUGCCGUACAAUGAGAAGUGGGAAUUUCCUCGAGACAAACUACGACUUGGUGCCGUCUUGGGCUCCGGAGCGUUUGGAAAGGUAGUUGAAGCCACGGCGUACGGUCUGGGAACAGAGAACAAGGCCACCAGAGUCGCUGUCAAGAUGCUCAAACCGAGCGCUCACUCAGAGGAACGGGAAGCUCUGAUGUCAGAGCUGAAGAUCCUCAGCCAUCUUGGUUACCAUGACAACAUAGUAAACCUGCUGGGAGCGUGCACACAGGGAGGCCCCAUGCUGAUGAUCACAGAGUACUGCAGCCAUGGUGACCUGCUCAACUUCCUGCGGGCUCACACUCAGGACUUCAUGGCGUCCAUGAUAACCAUUGACGAGCUUGGGGACGAGGUGUUCUAUAAGAACAUGCCACCUCAGCAGGAAAAGCUGCGCAGUGACAGUGGGAUCUCAUGUUGGUCAGAGUACCAGGAGAUGCAACCGGCCCUGAGUCCACGUCAGAUUGACUCUGGUGAUCACAUGUUGAGUCUGUCUGUCUGCGAUCUCAUGAGGUUUUCCUACCAUGUGGCGCAGGGCCUUGACUUCCUGUCCUCCAGAAAUUGCAUCCACAGAGACGUGGCGGCGAGGAACGUCCUGCUGACGGACUGCAGGGUUGCAAAGAUCUGUGACUUUGGUUUAGCUCGAGACAUUCGAAAUGAUGACAGCUACAUCGUUCAGGGAAAUGCCCGGCUGCCGGUGAAGUGGAUGGCUCCAGAGAGCAUCUUUCAGUGUCUCUACACAGUGCAGAGUGACGUGUGGUCCUACGGAGUCCUGCUCUGGGAGAUUUUCUCACUGGGUAAGAGCCCAUAUCCCAAUGUUAUUGUGGACACCAACUUCUACAAGAUGAUCAAAGAUGGUCACCACAUGGAGCAACCAGAGUUCGCUUCAAAUGAAAUGUAUCACCUGAUGAAGCUCUGUUGGAGUCUGGAGCCCACACACAGACCGACUUUUAAAACCAUUGGUCAGCUCAUCAGUAGGAUCCUCCCGUUGGCCAAUGACACUCUGCCUGAUCCCAGAGACCAGGUGAUGUAUAAAAACAUCGAUGAAAGCAGACCGGAAGAUGAGCAAGAGGAGGUCAGAGGUAGAACACUGAAGAGAAAAGAAGAAGAGCAAGUUUUCUUGCUCACAGAUCGCCGUGACAACCAUGAAGGCGGAGAGGAGAGGGAGCCGAUGAUGAACAACAUCUACCAGCUCUCCUGAUCCUGCUGUCUGUCACCUAAACCUUACAGACAUGCAGUGAAGUCACAUUAAUAAUAGAAAGUCAGUGUCAAUUUAUUUUAACACCAAAGUGCUUUAUCAAUCAAAGAAAAGAACCAUAUAAAAAGUCAAUAAAGCAUAAUCUGGUGUAGAAAGCUCCCAGACUGCUGGAACUAAAAGCUAAGGAAAGAAAUUAGAAACGUUUCCAUGGUUUUUAUUACAGGCACCAUAGGAGCAGAAAAGGUUGAAUUUCACUAUCCACCCUCAGAUUGUGGUCGAGUCAACCAACCUUUACUUUGUGGAGAAAUUUCAGAAGUUUAGAUUGGCGCUGUCUAGUUUAAUAGGCUGGGAAACCUGAGUGUGAUCUACAAACCAAUGGAAAGCGUGUUUUCUAAAGACAACAUGUACAGAUUAAAUAUUAGCAGACCUAGAAUGGACCCAUGUGGUACCCCAUAUAUUAGACGUGCUGCAGAAGAGGAGUAGGACCAAGAAACAUCUGUUAAUCAUGAUGUAAAGCAGGUUAAGAUGAUGAGACUCCAACAGCAAACAGCUGCUGGAGCAGCAGCAUCAGAAUAUUACAGCUAAAACUAAACUAUGGUCAUUAGAAACUCUUCAGCUGGUCAUCUCUGUGCUAUGGCCAGAUCUAAAAUAAGACAAAAACCUUUAAUUGAUGCUCUUGGAUCUGAACCCUAGAGCUGAAUAAAAACUACGUUAGGCUAGUUCAGAUAUAAAAAGCUUAUUUUAUGACUGCAUGUUUAUAAGCAGCUAGAACAGAACAUGAAGAAAAGCAGAUAUGAUCCGACUCACAUUUUUACUUUAAUUUUCUAAGAAGAAAUCAUUUUGUCUGAUUUUGAUGAUUUUAUUCUUGAUGAAAGAUGUCUUCAUUUUUGUAUUUUAGUCAUAUAUUCUUCAGUGUUUUAUGUUAAACUUGUGUGUUCCUUCUUGUUUGAAACAUGUUACAUGUAAUAUGUUAAAAUAGUGUUUGAAUCAUACUGUGUCAUAAACCAAACAGAAAAUGACCUUCAGAGUAAAAGUCUGGGUCUGUCUGUUCUCAGCAUUAAAUGUUUUUACCUUACUAAGUUCUCAGAUGUUCUCCUGAGGUUCUCACCACAGAUGAUCUUCUUGAAUAAAUUCAGAUGAAUAAUG